AUGAAGCGGAAAUCAAUACAGGGGCUGCUGGCACUGUCUCUUGACGGCCUGUUGACUAGCAGCCUCGUCUCUGCACAGGAGACAACAUUCACCCGCACCAUCACGCAAGAUGCAAGCGAGACCCAGACACAGACAUUUACGGCACCUGUUGAAUCGCCGACCGUGUCCGACACCUACACCGACUCCCAGCGCUUCCGAGACGACAUGAUGAACGCCACCAACUACUACCGCUACCUGCACUCGGCGGCUUUCGUGUCAUACAACGAGUCUCUGGCCAGCUAUGCAGCCGAUUACUCCCGCGAAUGCCAGUGGCGACACAACCCGGACCUCUCCUCCUCCGGCCUGGGCGAGAACCUGGCCAGAGGGUAUGCGAACGUCAGCGCCUCGGUCUUUGCCUGGUACGACGAGGUCAAUGAGUUCGACUACGACUUCGACCGCGACAGCCCAACCGGCUUCACGGAGGAGACGGGCCACUUCACGCAGCUGGUCUGGCGCGAGACCCAAGCGGUGGGGUGCGGCUGGACCGACUGCGAGGGGAGGAACGGCGUGGACGGCGUGUUGGUGGUGUGUAACUACUGGCCGGCGGGGAACGUGUUGGGGCCGAGUGGGAGUGGCGAGGACAGGUUCUUUGUCGACAACGUGCUGCCGGAGAGGGAUGGGGAAGGGGAGGGAUUUAAUGAGCAGGACGCCAUUCGGGGAGUGAGGACCGACGUGCCGGACCCUAAUGCGCAGGGCAAUAAUGGCGAUAACGGUGAUGAGGAUGCUGCAGCAUCGUUGAAGGGAGGUGUGUGGAAGGUGUUGGCGCUGACGACGGCUGUGUUGGGAUGGGCUCUGUUUUGA